AAAAAAGAAGAAAAGAAAAAUACCAAACAGCCCAAAACAAAACAGUUUCUUGUUUUCUUGUUUCAAAACAGAAAACCAAAGAAAUAGAUCGUUGUUCGAAACGGAAUUAAACAGUAAAUGGCAGCGAAAGAAUGAUUGAUAUGAGUUUCUCAACAUCAUCAGCAUCUUCUUCUUCUACGGCUGUUUCCUCACCUUCUUCGACGGCAACUUCCUGGUUUUCCGGUAUUGUUCGUGGCCGAACAAAUAGAUCCGGCAGCGUGAAAAUGACGAAUAACUCCAGUGAACACAAUGCUGGACCUAUCAAAGCCAAGAAUCAGUUCCGUGGUGUGCUUUUCAAGUACGGACCCAAACCUAUUCAGGUUGCGUUUAAAACCGGUGAUUAUAAACAACAGGUCAUUUUUAUUGGUGGAUUGACUGAUGGUUUUCUAGCCACUGAAUACUUGGAGCCUCUUGCCAUUGCUUUGGAUAAGGAGAAAUGGUCACUUGUUCAGCUUCUUAUGUCAUCCUCGUAUACCGGAUACGGCACCACCAGCUUGAAACAAGAUGCCUCAGAACUUGAUCAGCUGGUAAGUUAUUUGAUCAACAAAGAAGAUUCUGAGGGUGUGGUACUACUUGGGCACAGUACUGGCUGUCAGGAUAUUGUGCAUUACAUGCGAACAAAUGCCGCAUGCUCCCGGGCAGUCCGUGCUGCCAUUUUACAGGCUCCAGUUAGUGAUCGGGAGUAUAGAGCAACUCUUCCUGAAACAGCUUCCAUGAUAGACCUGGCUUCAACCAUGAUAGCUGAAGGUCGGAGCUCGGAAUUAAUGCCCAAGGAAGCUGAUCCCUCUGCCCCAAUAACUGCCUAUAGGUAUCACUCGCUUUGUGCCUACAUGGGGGAUGAUGACUUGUUCAGUUCUGAUCUUAGUGAUGACCAACUGAGAAUGAGACUUGGUCACAUGAGCAACACACCUUGCCAGGUUAUCUUUUCAAUGGCUGAUGAGUAUGUCCCUGAGUAUGUUGAUAAGAAAGCUCUGGUAGAAAGAUUGUGCAGAGUGAUGGGUGGUGCGGAGAAAGUUGAAAUUGAACAUGGUAACCACUCCCUCUCGAACAGAGUCCAAGAAGCUGUCCAGGCAAUUGUUGAUUUUGUUAAAAGAGAUGGACCCAAAGGCUGGGAUGAUCCUUGGAACUGAUCUGGUGUUUUCUCCCCGUUCUUUUUUCCUUCUUUCUUUUAUCUUUUACCUUGUAUUCUUUAUGCCUUUCAUAUUUCUCUCUCUGUUCUCAUUCAUUUCCAGUUUCUAUUUAUGCUCAGCUUUAGUUUGCUCCCAUUUUUCUCUCUUUUGGAUUAAUAGUAGCUGGGUGCUUCCCGUAAAACCAAUCAAGAGAAGACAAUGCUGUUUUUCCCAGGCCAUUAAAAAAAAUUAAUGUCUUCUCACCAUUUAUGGCUUCUAGCAGUUUUCGGGUACUGUAAUAUAAAUGAUGGAUUGGUUUUGUUGUUAUUCCUUAAGUCAAUUAGUAACCAGCAUGUGAACUUAAUGCCA